GAGCUGAACAACCCACCCCUCUGAUGUUUGAGAUGCUGCGAUCCAGGUUUGUGCUGUUGACUGUCAGCAGUUGUCUGUUCUAGAAAAACUGAGCCUCAAAUUCCCGGAUUGUCCUGGAAAAUGUCUGUGAGCCAAACCUGGAAUUUAAAGCGUUAUGGGCGCUUCAUCCCAUGCUCCGGAAAGAACAAAAAGGCACAAAAACCCUGGAAGAUUUUUGAGGACAAGAAUGGCAAAUCUAAAAUAUUCCUCACAAUUCUGGAAUCUGGACAUUUACUGGUGACGCGAGGACAAGAAAGCUUGGAAACUAUUCCUUUGCUUAGUGGCUGCGAUUGUCUCAAAGUGCAGCAAAAGUCGGAUAACUUGAUGUUUCAAAUGACUGUCAAGGGAGUGAGCCGCAUGCUGAGGAUGCAGUUUGAUGGAAGAGACAGGGCGGAGGCCAUGAGUGAGUGUUCCAGCGCCGCUGAAGAACUGAAGAAGUACCUUUCUGUCACCACUCUGGAUGAUCCCGCAGUACAUCCAAAUCAGCCCCCUGCUGACACUCCUGCACCAGCAACACAGUUGAUAGGUGAGGAAAAGUCUCUGGAGGCGGACAUUAUGGAAGGAUCUUUGCCCAUUCAGCAUCUUGCUAAGCACUUCUUGGGAAAGGCUUCCUUGACGCUCCCUCAGAUGCAUUCCCACACCCGUUUGGCAGAGAGCGACCUGGAGCCGUUGCUGCGUCUUUGUCUGCUGGAUCCCAGCUUUCCUGCGUUUGUGGAGAAGGUGGAGGCGCAGCUGCAGAAACUCCUUGAAGAGUGAAGAAUGUCAGAAACAGAUUUCGUUUUCCUGCUGCUGCUGUUGUCAUAUCAGUUUUCAAAGAGAAUGUGU